GGCGGCCCCGCCACGUCACCCGGCGGCCGAGCGCGCGGAGCGCAGCGCGGACCUGCCCGGGGCUGGCGCCGCGCCGGGACCAUGAACGUGUUCCGCGUCCUGGGGGACCUGAGCCACCUCCUGGCCAUGGUCCUGCUGCUCGGCAAGAUCUGGAGGUCCCAGUGCUGCGCGGGCAUCUCGGGCAAGAGCCAGGUGCUGUUCGCGCUCGUCUUCACCGCGCGGUACCUGGACCUGUUCACCAACUUCAUCUCCGUCUACAACAGCGUUAUGAAGGUGGUUUUCCUCCUCUGUGCCUAUGUCACGGUGUACAUGAUCUACGGGAAAUUCCGGAAGACGUUUGACCGUGAGAACGAUACGUUCCGUCUGGAAUUCCUCCUGGUCCCCGUCAUUGGCCUCUCCUUCCUCGAGAACUACAGCUUCACUCCCCUGGAGAUCCUCUGGACGUUCUCCAUCUACCUGGAGUCCGUGGCCAUCCUGCCCCAGCUGUUCAUGAUCAGCAAGACUGGCGAGGCCGAGACCAUCACCACUCACUACCUGUUCUUCCUCGGGCUGUACCGGGCCCUCUACCUGGCCAACUGGAUCAUCCGGUACCAGACUGAAAAUUUCUAUGACCAAAUCGCAGUGGUAUCUGGAGUCGUCCAGACCAUUUUCUACUGCGACUUCUUCUACUUGUACGUGACCAAAGUCCUUAAAGGAAAGAAGUUAAGUCUCCCAGUGCCAAUCUGAAGCCUGAGGAAUGCCCGCUCACCAACGCCCUUCCAUAGCGCCUCCCAGUGCCAACGGAACUACGGUGCCUAGGCCACAAAUGGGUCGAUAGACCCCAGUGACUCCGAACUUUUAAUCUGGAAAAGAUGCCCUACUGUGCUCAGGACAAAACGCCAAAUGAAGGUCACAAUCAAGUGUCUGGGUUGUCAUUCUCACGUUCCAGGUGAAUCAAAUGUAGAGUCAAGGUACAAGGCGUUACCCGAGGGGCUGGAGAGUUCGGGGUUUUUGCCAGGAGACUGUUACCAGGGAGCCAGGGGCAGCACCAAGCUGCCACCAGGCAUGGCGCCAAAACAGGAGGGAGGGGAGGUGUACAGCAAACCCAGGUGAUCGCUAUUCCCAGAAAAGGUUCCUUUGCCCUAAGAAUCCUUCCAGGGGGCUGGGGAGUAGAGUCAAGGUGCUUGUUGCGCUGCAUGUAGCCAAGCCUGGUCCAAAUCCUGCUGUCCCAUCUGGUUCCCUGAGCAUCGCCCGGAGUGCCCACCCCCACUCCAAUUUUUUCACUUCUAAAACGGCAAGACUUGACGCAAUUUGAUACUAACGUUGUGAAUCGACUUCAUGCUGAGACUGACCCUAGCUCCAAGAGCCAGCCCUGUGUGAUGCGGAGACGUGCAGGUGGGGCCCCGGGAGAAGGGCCGUUAUUACCGUGACCAGUGGGCAGUGUCUUGUGACCGAGUCCAACUCCUACACCAAAGCCACCCCACCCCACCCCGACUCAUUUCCAGGUGCUAAAUGAAACACAAAGCACUAGUGCUUAGACUGUAGGCAGAGACCUUUUGAGCAAUAAUAAUAAUAA